GGAGAACAUAUGAAUGCCUAAAAUUUUAGGCAAAAAUAUUGGCUCAAUCUUUAGGGCGAAUUAUACCAGAAACCUGUAAUGCUAUUUUCAAAGUUCUCAAAAAGGAUUAUAUACCGUUUCCCGAUACUUCCGCUAAAUGGAAAGAAAUUGCAAACCUCUUUGAAGAAAGGUGGAAUUUCCCUCAUUGCCUCUAGCAAUAGAUGGGAAACACAUUGAUAUAAUCCCACCUGCUGACAGCGCUUCUUAUUACUACAACUACAAACGACGACACAGCAUGGUUCUCAUGGCAAUUGUUGACGCAAGAUACCGAUUUAUA